AUGAACACUGCUUUCUGUGAUCGACCAGAGAGGAUAAAAGAAGAAAUUGUCAGAAGCGUGUCACUUUGUCCUCCAGGACCUCACGCUCUGCUUCUGGUCAUACCAGUGAAAACUCUCUCUGGAGAACCUGAAAUGAAUGCAUCAGAGAUGCACACGAGGUUACUGUCAGAGCGCGUCUGGAAACACACCAUCGUGCUGUUUGCUUGUGAUGAUGGAGUGGACGAACUAACAAUCAGGGAACACAUUCACAGCGCAGAGAAAAUCCUGGAAAAGUGUGGAAGACGUUUCCAUGUUCUUCAGAAAAGCACUUGUGAAUCUCCCACUCAGAUUCAUGCACUUCUUAAGAAGAUAGACGACCUGGUGGAGGAAAACCGUGGUGAUUUCUUCAUACCACAAGCUUACUAUGUACUGAUUCAACAGAAGACACAAGAAGCAUCUGGUGCGACUGAGCUCAGGAAGAGACGUGGAAGUCUGGACAGUCCUCCUAACUACAACGAAGACAAAGGAGAUUCAGAGAAGAAAGAAUCUAUAGAGACUCCCAAACAUAGACCUUCGGAAGACAUGCCAAAAAUCACCAUGGACUUCAAACCGUUUGUAAUGAUACUGAUGGGAGCGUUCGGAGCACUUCUCGGUGCAGUUGCUGGAGCUGAAAACGGAGUUUCGGGGUCUUGCUCUGGAUUAGUGUUUGGUGUCGUUGUAGGGGUUUUACUUGCAAGUUUCACCGUGUACAUUUAUACUCACAUUUAUUCACGAGCUUAUCCAAAGCAGCCCACACAAAGCUCAUCGUAAGCAACUGAAUCAUAAGGAGCUGCAAAGUUGAUCAAAUGCAAGC